GUCACGUGACGCUGCCGGACCUGCGCAUGCGUGUAGUGUAUUAGGCGAAGUGGAGUGAAACAUUUUCACGGUGCAAUGUUCCUGCGCAGAGUUAUACAGAGCCGAGGCUUCUCGUCGCCAUUUGUGUAUAAUUUACAGCGACGUGCUAUAACAGUCCAGAAACUCUGUCUGUCUUCACACAAUGAUGAAGUUCACCUGGCGGAGGAAGCCAGCAAGAAGUAUGGAAGUCCUGCUCCGACUAUAUUUUCCAAAAUUCUUGACAAAACUAUUCCUGCAGACAUAAUUUAUGAAGACAACAAGUGUUUGGCAUUUCGGGACAUCAGUCCCCAGGCUCCUGUGCAUUUCCUGGUUAUUCCCAGAACCCCUAUCCCAAGGAUAAGUGAAGCUCAUGACGACGAUACACCGCUCCUUGGGCAUCUCUUGAUAGUAGCAAAAAAACUGGCAAAGAAAGAAGGAUUAACUGAGGGAUACAGAUUGGUCAUCAAUGAUGGGAAACAUGGGGCUCAGUCUGUGUAUCACCUGCACCUUCAUGUCCUUGGAGGGCGACAGAUGCAGUGGCCUCCAGGAUAGAUGAACACACCAUCCACUAGUGUUUAAUCAUGAAGAGAAUAUAUAUUCAAUUUAAAUAUAUAGCUAGUUACAGCAUAUAUUUAAAAUAAUAAAAAUAAUAGAAAUUAUAGAUGAAGAAUGUGGAAAGCAAUAAGGUUUUUUUUUUUUUUCCUGAAAAACAAAGAGAAAUUGACCAACAUAACACAGUAAUAAUAAAGUAAAUAAUUUUUUUAAAA